CUAGCACUCCGGCGGCGUCGCACUGCUGGCGCGUCUAUGCACCCGCUCUCCGCCGCCCUCCUCGCGUGGGGCCGCUCCGACCCCCCCCCGCCGCCGCCAGCGCCGCCGUCGGCCGUCGAGCUCGCGGUCGCGGCGUCAGAGGUUCUCGCCGGCCGAAUCGCCGAGGUGCCGUGGGCGAGCGUGCUGCUGUCGGUGCUGCUGUUUGCGCCUGUCGUGUACGUGGUGCUAAACUCGGUGGUGCCGCUGGUGCUCGGGCGGCAGGACCUGCGCAAGAAGUACGGCGCCAGCUGGGCGCUCGUCACCGGCUCCUCCUCUGGCAUCGGCAAGGAGCUCGCCCGGACGCUGCUCGGGCAGGGGCUCGACGUCAUCCUCGUCGCGCGCAAGGAGCCGCUCUUCGACGCGGCGAGGCGCGAGCUGGCGGCGCAGUUCCCGCGGCGGAGCGUCGUGCAGGUCGAGGCAAACCUCUCCGACGCGAGCGGCGCGUGGAUGGCCGCCAUCGAGGCGGCGGUCGGCGAGAAGGACGUGCAGGUCGUCUUUCUCAACGCGGGCUUCAUCCUCACGGGCAUGUUUGAGCAGAACGCGGUGCAGGCGCACCUCGCAAACCUGCACUGCAACCUGACGGCCAACAUCUGGCUCUCGCACUACCUCUACGGCCGCAUGCUCGCCCGCUCCCUCCCGGGCUGCAUCGUCUUCACCUCGUCGUCUGCGUCUUACAUCCCGAACCCCUUCGCCGCCCUCUACGCCGCGACCAAGUCGGGCGUCUCCGCCUUCGCCGCCUCGCUCGCCGUCGAGGCGCGGCCGCGCGGCAUCCACGUGCACUCCAUCCACCCGUCGCCCGUCAACUCGCGCUUCACGGCGGGCGGAGGCAACGAGGUGCAGCAGCGCAAGAUCGAGGCGAUGGCCACCUUCUACAAGUUUGCGUCGGGGCCCGAGGCGCUGCCGCAACGCUUCCUCUCCCACAUCGGCCGCGCUGCCGUCGUCGCCGACGUGGGCGGCGUCUCGGUCGGCCUGCGGCUAGUGGUGCAGCUGCUCGGCUACAACUUCAUCGCGCUGGUGACGGCGCUGACGGCGCACCUCACGCCCGACUACAAGAUGCACGCGACCAAGGCGGCCAAGUCGGGCAAGCGGGCGUGAGGGGGGGGCGAAUCCCUUUAUAACGUGUGGCGGGCGCGCCCUCGAUCUCCGCACUAACGAGACGCCGUGGCGUGUCGCGCGCUUUUACUCUCGUGUGACUCACUUGCUGCCAGCAACACAUCCGUGCGACGUAAGUACAGAAAAAGAACAUGUGCAUGCA